UGAAGAUCCAUCGCUAUUGUCCUCAACAUUCGACUUCAGAGAGGGAUUCUUAUCCUCUGUGAAGAACGAGGGACCGGUCCGGAACUGAGGAGGGAAUAUUCUCCUGAAGGGGGCAUCGGCGUCGUGCCGCACGAUGCCCCAGACACUUCGCAAUCUUGCUUCUGGGGCCCUGCGCUUUCUUCCAGGCUUCGGAUGCUUUGCACUGCAGUGUUCAAUUAGUCUCCGUUCGGGCGGAUGCGGAUUUUGGGUUCGUAGUCUGCUGCAGAAUUGUGCGAGAUCAUCGAUCCAUUGUCUCUGAGGGCUCUUGGACGAUUUCGCGUCGUCGGCGAUGGCGACAGCUACUGCUUGCUGUGGCGCCAGGAUCGUUUCUUCCUCGUCGACGUCAAGCGUAGCCAGAAGCAAUGGUGAUGGAUCUCGAGUAGUGCAGUUCGUGGCCGCCGCUUCGAAUUUGCAUUUUGGUUACGAUGCCACUUCCACGUUUUCUGUCAGCCUCAAAUCCGGGGCUCUGUCAUCUUUGCGGCCAAGAAUCCCCUCUGUCAAGUCUGAAGUGCAGAGGAGUAGAUUGCGAGUUGAUGCUGCCGCUGCAUCUCAGACCAAAGAUGCUUCAAAGGUACAGACGAAGCAGUGGACUUGGACGUUUGAGGGUACUCCUAUUAAAAUUAAUCUGGUAGAAUACCUGCCUAAUGGGAGCAGUCCGACAAAAACUCUGGUUAUGCUCCCAACUAUAUCCGAUGUCAGUACCACGGAGGAGUGGCAUGCUGUAGCAGAAAGGUUACAAUCGAAGUCAAGUACCUCUUAUCGAAUUGUUUGUGUAGACUUCCCUGGACUGGGAUUGUCUGACAGGCCUGGAAUAGACUACACUGCCGACCUAUAUGAGAAGUUUCUGGUCGAUAUCAUCUCUGAGAAGGAUGGACCUAUUUGCCCUUCGUCAGGUGGGCCUCCUGUGAUAGUUGGCGGAGGUCAUUCAGCUACCAUAGCAGCACGCGCUAUCAGUAGGGGCUUGUUAGAAGCGAGCGCAUUGGCUUUGGUGGCACCAACUUGGGCAGGUCCCUUACCGAUUGUAUUUGGCCGGGAGCCAAACAUGGAGACUAGGUAUUCAUUGCUCCGAAACACAUUAAGGUCACCUGGAGUUGGCUGGGCCAUGUACAAAUACUUAGUGAGCAGCCCGAAAAACAUUAGACUUCAGUAUCUUACGCACGUGUAUGCAGAUGCAGACAAUGUCACUCCCUCAAUGGUGGAGAGCAGGACAGCACUAACGCAAAUGGAAGGUGCCCGUUUUGCUCCGACUGCCUUCCUCACUGGUUUGCUAGAUCCUACCAAAAGCAGGGAAGAAUUCAUAGGUUUGUUUGCCAAUAUGGAAGGAAAAUUGCCAACACUGGUGGUGUCGUCAGUGAAGAGCCCCAAAAGGUCUAGAGCUGAAAUGGAAGCUUUGGAAGGAGUGAAGGGUGUCACUAAGUUCGUCAAAGUACCCGGAGCUCUUCUACCUCAAGAGGAAUAUCCCGAUGCUGUGUACGAUGAGCUUGUGUCAUUCCUACAAUCAGAACAGUAGGAGAAACCACUUUUGUAAAUGUUAUCGUGUAUAACCAGUGCUUGGACGAUUUGGAGACUUUUCGUUGGAAGGAAAGCAUAAAUGUUCAUUCUUUUCAAACUUUUCAAAGUACGGGGAUAAAUUUUCCCUUCA